AUGGUACUACCCCAUUUUGCAAAAGGUGAAGUGGUUAAAGGUUUCUCACGUGGUUCGAAAGAUUUAGGCUGUCCCACGGCCAACCUACCCGAAGAAGUUGUUAAUAAUUUACCUAAAAAUUUUGAAACUGGGGUUUAUUACGGAUUCGCUUCAGUGGACAGUGGUGAGGUUUAUAAAAUGGUAAUGAGUGUUGGUUGGAACCCGUUCUAUAAAAACGAAAAAAAAUCCAUGGAAGUACAUAUUCUACACGAAUUCGAACAAGAUUUUUAUGGAAAAGAGUUACGAGUUGUUGUUUUAGGUUAUUUGAGACCGGAAAAGAACUUUAAUUCGUUAGAUGAUCUAAUAAAAGCAAUAAGGGAUGAUAUCAAUCAAGCCAGACUUAAAUUAGAUUUACCGGAAUUUAUUAGUUAUAAAACUCACAAGUUUUUUUUAGAUAAAUAACUACAAUCACUUCAAGUGCACCAUUUUUGUAUUUAUUUUCAAAAUAUUUGUCAUAUAAUAUAUAUAUAUAUAUAUAUAUAUAUAUAUAUAUAUAUAUAUAUAUAUAUAUAUAUAUAUAUAUAUAUAUAUAUAUAUAUAUAUAUUAUAUAUAGGUGAUAUGAUUUAUUUAAUUGAGGAUAAAACUUGAAAUUGUACUUAUAUUUACAUUGUGGAAUGGACCAAAGAUGAAUAUUUUAAAAUAAACAUAUUUAAUUUUUUUUACUUCCAA